AUGAAGGCUCUUGUGUUAACCCCCCAUACCCGGAGCGCAUCCAUUGAAGACCUCCCCCGUCCCAUUCCACAAACGGGAGAGGUUCUUAUCAGGGUGAAAGCGAUAGCACUCAACCCAGUCGACCAAAUCUACGUCUCAACGCCCAUUGCUACCCAAGAGAAGCGGGUCAUAGGAACCGACUUUGCCGGCGUGGUCGUUGAAGCUAGCCCGGAACUUGGUGGAUCUUCGGACCCUCGAGCCAAACCAGGAACGCGCGUUGCUGGGUUUCUCCAAGGAGCUUGUUCUGUAAAUGAUCGCCCGGGAGCUUUUGCCGAGUACAUCACCGCCCCAUACGACCUAAUCUGGGCGAUCCCUCCUGGGAUAUCCUUAGAAGAGGCAUCAACUGUUAGUAUGUGCAGCCUGACUGCCGCUCAAGGUCUCUAUGCUCGCCUCGGACUGCCGAACCCUUUCUCUGGCUCGCAGACAGAAAAGGACACUGCCAAGCCGAUUAAUGUCUUCAUCUAUGGCUCCUCCACAUCUGUGGGCCUCUACGCCGCGCAGCUCGUCCACCUUUCGGCGUCGGCAUCUGGGACCAAAAUCCAGCUCGUCGGUGCAGCGAGUAAGUCCAAGCACAGCAUUUUACGACAAGAGCCCUACAGCUACGAUGUUCUUGUCGACUACCACGCUGCCGACUGGGUUGAACAAGUCAAGGCCGCAACGGGGGGAAACGGUGUUGACUUUGCCUUGGAUUGCAUUUCGGAGGGAGAGACCGUUUAUGGAACCCACGAAACGUUGGCCACUGGGGCCAAAUUUGCUGUAUUUCGUGGCCCAGUUGGUGGACGAUACGACCCAUCCAAGCUGAGGAACAAGCCAAUCUAUGGUGCCGUCUGGGAAGGACUGGGAGUUGAGAUAGGGUAUAACGGGACAGUAAUCCCAGCGAGCCAGGAGGCCCUUGAGUUUGCCCGACAGUACUUUGACUUUCUCAGUGUUGGGACGCCUUUAGGACGGUCGAGGAUCGAGCCAAAUCCUGUGAGGAUUAUGCCUGGCGGCUUUGAGAGAGUUGUUCCAGACGGAUUUGCCCUGCUGGGGUCUGGGUUGGUAUCGCAAAGGUCCAACGUCAACGGCGGCGAGGGACAUAUGCGUCCGAUCAGUGCUGAGAAGCUGGUCUACCAGGUGUGA